AGAUUUUCUUGAUGUUUGACCAAAUUUGCGGCAAUCAGAAAAUGCUAAACAUUUUGACUUUUGAAACAAUUUUGUUUCAAAAUUGAAGCAACAUUGAAAGGCCAUUGAGUCGGUUCAACUGGUUCAGCCAAUCACAAAAGUUUAUGUUAAACAUCUUUCACUCAGCGCUCUCUAGUUUUAUCAUCUUUAGUUACAUUCCUACAUCAACAUCAGCAACUUAAAGUCAUUUCAUUUUUUUUGUUGCUGUUCAUCACCAUCAAAGUGGCACUUGAAUAAAUUUUUGAUUUAUCCUGAAAAACGCAUCAGACUUUAGUCAACUAGAGACGCCAAAUAAUGAAAUCAAUGAAACCAACAGUUGAAUAGCAACCAUAUUCAAAUCGAGGAAAACAUUUUCUUUACAAAUCCAAAGAAAAACAAUUUUUACGUUUGUUUUAAACAUUCAACAUCAUUUUUACCGUACAACAUUAUUAAACAUCGUUCAACAUCAUCCUCAUCCUCAUCUUUACCAUCUUUAAUGCAAGCAUUUCACUGAAACAAUCUUCAGUGUUUACCUUGUGUUUAAGGCAACAAGUUUCGUUUUUGUUGAAAGUGUUGAAAACAAAAGUGUUUAUCCUAAAAUGACCAGUGCAAAGCACAGUAUUGAUGCUAUUCUUGGACUUCAAGCAAUCAAACAAAUCAAGGAAUCAAAAGAUUUGAUUAAAAAGCGAAAAGUCCUUUCAUCACCUUCUUCUUCAUCACCAUCUUACUCAUCCUCAUCGCCGUCUCCUUUAUCAUCUUCAUCUUCACCAUCUUCAGCCUUCUGUGGAUUCUCGAGUCGAGAAGGCGACAACAAAAAUGGACUCAUUCUUUUGGUGAACAACAACAAUAAUAAUCAUAAUAAUAACGCUGUUUUACCUGUUGUUUGUAGGAGUCCUUUUCAAUUGACCACAAACACUGCCACUACAACAACAGCUACAACGACAAUAACAGCAACACUAAACAACGCAAUAAGUACAACAUUGGCCAGUCUUUCAGCCAACACCAACAAUAAUAAUGGUAAUAAUAACAAUAAUAAUAAUGAUCAUUAUGGUCAUCAUAGUGGUAACAACAAUGGUGACUGUGGUUAUUCACCUUGUCCAUCACCUUUACCCUAUGAUAUUAAAGAUGAUGAGGAAACUUGCGGCUCAAUGGGAAGCAGUACAAAUGGCAUUGCUUCAUCUACAUCAUUAUCAUCCUUUAAUCCAACCCAUCAUUCCGAUGAUGGACCCAAAUCGAAACAUCGCCGAACACGAACAACCUUUACAACCUUUCAACUCUACGAGCUUGAACGGGCCUUUGAAAAGUCUCAAUAUCCCGAUGUGUUUACAAGGGAAGAGUUGGCCUGCAAAGUCAAUCUGUCCGAAGCAAGAGUCCAGGUAAGCGUCAAUCAAUUAUCAAUAUUGUCGAUAAUAUCCUUCGAUCUCAAGUCGAUAUCUCUUUUCAUAUUUUCACUCGAUAAUGUUUAUUCCUUAUAUCAAUAA